GGACAGUUAGCUGUUCACUAUGAGACGAGUGACUGUUACAGUGAGUUCUCUACAGUGUGAUUUUGCAUCAGCUGGAUGCCAGUUCAUCGGGACUAAAGAACAACUACAAGAUCACUUGGAAAAGAACAUAGCCAAUCAUCUUAGUUUGGCUAUGCAAUCAGUGAGCAAUGUACAAGAGAAAUUGGCAAGUGCUGAAAAGAAACAAGCAAGUGCUGAAGAGAAGCAGGAAGGGAUGGAGACGAUGUUGUCACUUUUUGUGGAUCAGUUAGUUGAUGUUAACGAAAAGCUGCAACAGACAGAAAGUUCACUGUUGGCUGCAAACUAUAGGUCAUUUAUCAAAAGUUUGGGUGUUGAGAGCUUGGGGAAAGACGACCAGAAACAGUCAGUGGAGUAUGUAAAGGCUUUACUGGAUAAACAGAUGCAAAUUUCAUUUGAAAUAGGUGGCACUUUUGUAUACCUGUGGAAGGUAACGUCAUUUUUAUCUAACAAAUUUUACACCAGAAAUCCAAGUUUGCAUCUACAGCUUCAGCUUAUUUCUCAAGAAAGUGGAUUUCAUUUCUCACCGCAAAACUGUCGUAAAGUAAGGGUACGCUGUUGUGAUACAAGAUGUGACAAACGAUUACAUGAGUCAAAGUAUUUGAUGUCAGCUUGUCUAUAUGAUAAUCACGGUUACAGCUCAAGAGUCCAGAUGGAGAUUGACUUUAGUAGCUCUCAUGGCAGGGGAUGGGAGACAUUGUGUAAGGUUGAUCUGAUAUUUCCUCCCGCUUAUCGAAAUCUGGUUGAGAAGGAUGGGCUGUUGGUUGCCUUUGAGUUGGAAUUGAAAUCCUAAAUUUUUACCAAUUGUGUUGGCUACAGUUUUUACAAGUGUUAUAAGAUGAGGCUUAGUCAGUGAACAGGCUAUUUGACAUCAGUGUUUAGCUUUCAUGUGCUAGGUAUGCAUGAGUUUUGUAUUGUAUGUAUUAGGAGGUUCUAACGUUCACUUGGUGCAAUACAGUUGCUGUGCUAAUCUGACAGAUGUAAAUGCUCAGUCACAUU